UCCCUUUCCACAACUCUCUUCAAGCCCUCUAAAAUGGUCACAGGGCUCCAAAGACUCCGUGUUAAAGGCAGAAGUUCAGAGAGAGAGAGGCUUUAAUGAGCAGGACAAACAUUGGAAUAUUCAUAAACACAACAGCAACUCCCCCGUCCAAGCAUUCAGCUGGAAUGAAAACUGUCUUUCACAGCAAGUGUGUUAUCUACCCUCCUCUUAUGUGCAAGAUGAUAAUGGACUAUCAUCACUAGCAGGUCUCUAUAUAGUGGAGCUCCCUCUUCCUUUCCCACUGAGUCCACCACAGUCUGUGUCUUCUGGAUCCAUCAUACAAUUUUUAGCCCUGCUUCCUUUUCAACAUUUGCGGUCUACCGUAGGAAGCUAACCAGAUCUUCACUCCUCAUCUCUACAGGACUGCAAGCUGCAAAAGGUUCACAUUUCAAAGCCUACAGUGAGGAAUGAACAGCCUAGCAGACUCUUCAGGCCUGCUCUUCAACGCUUCCCUGGAAAGUUCAGAGCAAUGUGGCAAAGAGACCCCUAUGGAGAACAUCCUUUUUGCUACUUUCUAUCUUCUGGAUUUCAUCCUAGCCUUUGUUGGCAACGCUCUGGCUCUUUGGCUUUUCAUCCGGGACCAAAAGUCAAACACUCCGGCCAACAUUUUCCUGAUGCACCUCGCUGUAGCCGAUCUGUCUUUUGUGCUGGUGUUACCCACUCGACUGGUAUACCACUUUUCAGGCAAUCACUGGCCGUUUGGAGAGAUCCCAUGCCGACUUACAGGCUUCCUUUUCUACCUCAACAUGUAUGCCAGCAUCUAUUUCCUCAUGUGCAUCAGCGUAGAUCGCUUCCUUGCUAUUGUGCACCCUGUAAAGUCCAUAAAACUCCGCAGGUCACUCUAUGCCCAUUUGGCCUGUGCCUUCCUGUGGGUUAUAGUUGCUGUGGCAAUGGCACCUCUUUUGGUCAGCGUGCAGACAGCUGAGAUGAACAACACCAUCAUCUGCCUACAGCUCUACAGAGAAAAAGCAUCACGACAUGCUCUUGUGUCACUGGCUGUGGCAUUUACUCUUCCAUUUUUUACUACAGUGACCUGCUACUUACUGAUUAUACGCAGCCUGAAGCGAGGGAACAGAGUUGAGAAACAUCUAAAGGAAAAAGCCAUCAAAAUGAUAAUCAUGGUUCUUAUGAUCUUCCUGAUCUGCUUUGUGCCUUAUCAUGUCAACCGCUACAUUUAUAUCCUCAAUUAUGAUGGAAUGAAGACUUCCUGUGAAAUGCAACGGAUCUUGGCUCUUGGCAAUCGUAUUACUUCUUGCCUCACCAGCCUGAAUGGUGCCCUAGAUCCUGUCAUGUAUUUCUUUGUAGCCGAGAAGUUCCGAGAGGCCUUGUGUGGUUUGUUUUGCAGCAAAAAGGUGGCACGGCUACCUUCAAGCUGCGAUGGGAAAACAAAUGACAGCUCCCUGAGUGCUAAAUCUGAACUGUAAAUAUUUUAACACACUUUUUUUAACAAAUCAUUUCUAUCUGGCACAAGAAAAUUCCCUAGACAGUGGAGCAGUGCUUCUCCAAGAACAUAGCCAAAGCUUAUUCUUCACUGUUGAGAAAUUAUGGAAGAAUACCCAGCAAUUUUCACAUAUUACCACCAGCAAAUAAUUCCCAGUGGAAGGUAGACUACAACUUCAGUUUAUAGCGGCAUAGCCUGUAUUAGCUGGACUUCUGGCUGCCUGGUCUUAAUAACAGUAACUGAAUAACUGGGGAUUAAGGAAGAAAGCAAGUACUUAAUAGUCAUGAUUGUACCAUAAAAUAAUUUUGCACUGAAAUACAGAUACUGUAUCUGUAGUUGAAGCAGAUACAGUAGGAUUAGGCUCUGAUAACAAAUAAGUAGACUGCUAGGCUAAGAUUUAGUGGCUUGACAUGUGCAACUUGCCCUGAAGUUCUUUGUUGCUCGUGCCGGAAAUAUUAUCCAAUGAAUUCAGAGAUUCCAUUCAGAACUGAAAAAAUUAAGUCAAUAUCUAGAUCUAAAUAAAGAUCCAUAUUCACAAUUUUUUUUUAAAAGGGAAGCAGACAUUGGCUCCACCACAGCUGCAACAAAGGAAGAACAUUCCGAUUCUUUAGAGAGCUCAAACUAUUGUCUCACCACUGAUUUGUUGACUCUUCACUGCACUGCACAGGAUAUAAAAAUCACAGCAGCACUUCAAAGUCUCCUUUGUUAGGGCUUUGGCUGUAGGUUAUUAGUUGCAGCAGCAGCAGCUUUAGAACAAUGAUUUAACACAAUUUAUGUCAUUUUGUGAGAAAGCUUCUAUAGGAGUGUAUGUGGUUAAUCCCACACACAUAAAAGACUUAAAGUUUUUGAUGGCACUUGCUACAAAUCACUAACCUGAUUCAGUUCAACAGCCCUUGCUGAUGCACUUCACUUAGUGAUGCCACCUUUGCUGGUGCAGUUGUCCUUACUUCAAGCAGACUGCACUCAUCACAGCUACCUAAGCAGCAUAAGGAUCCUUAAUCCUGAGUAACUGAACCAAUAUAUCAGCCUGUUCUUCUAACAUAACAUUACUGCAAGUCAUUUUUGGUGGUCUCCACUUAUGCUAAAACCUAAGCACUUGUGUGCUAUGCAGCAAGUUAGUAAGCCUACAUUUCCCAAAAGUAGCAGGAAGACAAAUGCUGUCUCCAAAUGCUGCCACAUUAUGGGUGCAUGCAGCUUGACUGUUAGCUACAGAAUCUUCCUAAUUGCAUUCCUAUAACGUACACUGCAUUUACCAAAAAUAGAUUGCAACUAACUAAUCAGGGGCACAAACCACAAUAUGCUGACCCUCUUUAUUAGCUCUACAAGUCAAUUCACAGGGCUACAUAGAAAAUAUAUCAAAAGAAGAUUGUUUCAGAGAGUUCAUGCUAUGAACAAGAUAAGUAUGUAAUUCUUCCACAGCUGUGCCAUUUACUGGUCAUCAUUUCAGUGGAUCUUGUUAUCAGACACAGUGAUGCCUGAAGUUAGCACUGAAUGUUGCUGCACAGAGCAUUAAUCUCUAGGUUUUCUACUUGACUUCCUUGAGAUGCUUUUGUAUGAUCCUUUGUACCCAUAUUUACUUGUUCAUAUUUUAUUCAUUCUUUUAAAUAUACUUGUUCUACAUCUAAAAGUGUUUAAAUUCAAAGAGAGAAUAAAGCAGUUAUGUUAAUCAAA